UCCACUGCUGCAAGAUGAUUGAUAUUUGUCAAUGGAGAGCAACUAUUGGUCUCUGGAACUGUUGCCAAGAGUCUUCUCGACUUGGAAAAUGCCAUUCACCAAGACAGUUGCUCAAAAAGGACACUUUAAACAAAACUCAUAGAGUGCGAACUUCAAAAUCAUUGUUUUUACCCCUACUGACCCUAGUACUCUACCUUUUUCUUAUCUUUGCCACUGAAACAAGAACACUGACAGAGUCAAACAUUAAAUGCAUCACUGACACUUUUUCUUUUGGAUCUAAUGCUAUACACACGGCAGCAUUGUUGUCUGAAGCUAUUAGUAAUUACUCAAGCCACACUUACUCACACAAUCUUGUUUUGCUAUCAGGAGAUGUUGAACUGAAUCCUGGGCCUAUUACAGAUAGUCGACCAAAGGAUCUAUUAAGACUUUACUCUGAUAAUAUUACUCAAGCCCUCAGUGUUAACAUUCUUACAGCAAUUAACAAGCUUCAUGCUAACGGAUCGAUAACAUUAGAAACAAAGGAAAAGUUAUUAACAAUGCAGAAAACAGACUAUGAAAAAGCAACCGAACUGAUGAUAGUGCUACAAAGACAACUAGAAUCCUUUUAUGAUCCCAAACAACGGCUUGAAAAAUACUGCAAUGCAUUAGUGAGCAUAAGUGAUUCACAGCUGAUGGAAAUUAUACAAAAGCUGAUCCCACAAUUAAAUAAUUCUGAAGAAACUUGUGAAUCACAACCUCAAAAACAAAAAUACCAAGAAAUUUUUUUCAACACAAAAGAAGAAGAAGAAGAAGCAUGUGAUACAUUAAACAAAUUAGAAUAUAAGUUUUCAAAUUUGAUAAUGAAACUAAAGCAGAGCCUUAAACAAGCAAGCAAAAGGGACCUCAAUCUAUUUGAAAAUAUUGAAGAUUGGUUGGAGAGCAAAUGUGACAAGAAUGUAAAAAUAUCAAGUGUUAAGGAUAUAUUCUCUGAAAUAAAUCCUUAUUUUGACUUCAUUGAUUGUAAACUGAUAGUUGAUUUGAGCGAAACAUUUCUCAGUAAUUGUGACACAGAUCUUGUAGAAGAACUUCAGGUUUAUCGAGAAGAUGCUCGUACAUUUCGCUGCUCAACAUUGGUCAAAAACCUAAAUGAAUCACUGCAAAGCAUAUAUAAGGCACAUAUUACUAACCUAGACAAGAUGCCUCAAAUUUUGCUUCAACUCCAUACUCCUUGGAUUGACUGUACAAUGGAGAACCUGGAGUGUCUCAUCAAACAGUUACUGCCUAGCAAUUUGAAACAAUCAAUACUCAAAUUCAUUACAAUACUUCCUGGAUCAGUUGUUGUCAAAUAUCCUGUUCUUGACUGCACAGCCGAUAGUUUAAUGAAACAUGCCCAAGAAAAGCUACAGUUCAUGCAUUUUGUUGGUAUUUUUGGUUUCUUUAUCAAUGAAGAUUCUGUCUUUAAAGAAGACGAAAGAGAAAAAUUUACUUUUGAAUUAGCUUUAAGUGAGGCAGUCAUAGCUGGCCACAAUGAGGCAGUACAAUUCCUUUUGACACUUAAAAAUAUUGACAUCAAUCACUUGAAUGAAAAGGGUCAGUCUGCACUGACCAUGGCUUGUGAAUUAGGACAUGAUGACAUCAUAUACACUUUACUAACAAAUGGAGCCAGCAUCAGUUUUAAAGACAAAAACAGUUGGAGAGCAUUAAUGACUGCAAAUGAAAAUAACCAUUUAAAAGCUAGUACUGGUUUCAUUGUUGCCUGUAUUUGUGGACAGCUAAAUGUCGUAAAGGAUCUAAUGCAUGAAGAAAGAGCCACUCAAUGGCUGGAUGCAGCUUUUAUUUCUGCCUGUUUAAAUGACCACCAUCAAAUUGCAUCAUUAAUGCUGCAAGAAAAAGUAGAUUCUGAAUGGUACCACCAGAUAAAAACUAAUUCAUACAAGUUUUUUAAGGAGAUGUGUGAAACUGGACACACUGAAAUAGUCAAUGUUUUUCUCCAAGAAAAAGUAGUUGAUGUUAACACCAAGGAUGACAACUAUUGUACGGCUUUAAUGGCUGCUUGCCGAGGCAAAAGAGAUAACUCAGGCAUUGUUGAAUUACUGCUAGACUACGGUGCUGAUCCUGAUGUACAAAUGAUUUCAUCAACAUCAACUAAUUUCACUGCAUUAAUGACUGCAAGUUGCCAUGAGCAGUUAAACUCAGUGAAACUAUUGCUAAAAGCAAAUGCCAAUCCACACAUUCAGUGUCCAAUUACUGGAGACACUGCUUUGUCUUUAGCAGUGAUGUUCAUGCACCAUAGCAUUGCUCAAGAAUUACUUAACGCUGGUGCUAGUAUUAAUGAUGCUAAAAAAUUAGAAGAAACUAUGGGAUCCACUUUAACUGAGUAUUGUGUGUUUCAUAUUUUUAGAAAGGAAAUGGAAAUAGAGCUAGAGUUUGAGACAAGUGAUAUCAUUAAAACACUUCAAUUAGUACUAGAUGCCCAAUCACAUCCUGAUAAUGACCCUUUUAGCUUAGCAAUGGCUUCUUAUUUUGGGCAUAAAGAAAUAGCAGAAAUACUAAUCAACGCUGGCCACAACUGUAACACUCUUCUCACUAAUGAUAAAAAAGGUCUAGCUCAAAUAUUUCAAACUAAUGGUCACUACAAUCCUUUCAUUAUAGCUUGUGAGAAAGGACAUACAGAAAUAGUAGAAUUAUUCCUAUUGAAGGGACAUGCUGAUCCAAAUAUUGAACCAAAUGAUGGUAAUACUGCUCUAGAAUGUGCCUGUCUGCUUACCAUGAAAGGAGAAAAUAGGUCACAAAUAGUUCAAUUGCUAGUAGAAGCUGGUGCUGGACCACGUCCUGGUGAUGAUGAUAAUUUUAUCUUAUUAUUGGCUUCAUAUUUGGGACAUGUACAAACGGUAGAAACUUUGAUUAACGCUGGUUACAACAUUAAUAUACCUCUUUCGUGUACUGAAAAAUGGAAAGAAUUUCAUAAUCAGGAUAAUGAUGGAUGGAAUGCUCUAAUGUUGGCAUGUGAAAACUGUCACACUGAAGUAGUUCAACUAUUGUUAAAGGAACGCAUUGAUCCAAAUUAUAAAACAAACGAUAAUCUUACAGCACUAAUGAUUGCUUGUCAUACUAAUAGUACUGAUAGUUCAACAAUAGUUCAAUUGCUGCUAGAAGCUGGUGCUGAUCCUAAUAUACAGAUAAAAUCACAUACCAACUCAAUAGUAAUUGGUACAACAGCAUUGAUGUAUGCUAGUAGGCAUGCUUCCUUGGAAACUGUUAAACUCCUGUUAAAAUGUAAAGCUGAUCCUAAUACUAUGACUCGUGAUUUGAAUCUGACUGCUUUAUUUUUUGCAAUAGCAACAGCUCGUCCUGCUAUUGUAAAUGAGUUAAUAAAAGCUGGUGCUAUCACUAGUACUAGGUAUAAAAUUGGCGUCCAUGAUAUACAAAUUAAUUUAGCACCAUAUCAGCUUUGUGCCAAUUUACUAGUGGCAAAAAAUUUUACAGAAAGGCACACAUCAGAAGAACUAUCACAAAAAAUCUGCACCAGUCGUCAGCAAAUUGCUCAAUCACUAAAAAAAAUAAAAGAGGAAGACAUUAUUGAAACACUUCAAAUAUUACAUGAGAGAAAGGCACAAACUGAUAAUGAUAAUGACCCAUUUAGUUUAAUAGUAGCUUGUUCUGCUGGAAAUGCACAAGCAGUAGAGCUACUUUUGCAGUAUGGAUGCAAUCCAAAUACUCCGAGUCCACUAUACAAUUUACUAAACAAAGUUCCACCUGGAUCAAUUCUAUCGGAAUGGAAUGCUUUAAUAUUUGCUUGUUACAAUGGUCACACACAGGUAGUUCAAAAGCUACUUGCAGAUGAGAGGGUUGACAUUAAUCUUCAGCUAAGCAAUGGCUGCAAUGCUUUGAUGUACUGUACUUACCUGGGACAUACUCAAAUAGUUAAACUAUUACUUAAAGAAAAGGUUGACUUGAACACUAAAGCAGAAAAUGGAGUCAAUGCCUUAAUAGUAGCAUGCUCUAUGAAAACAGAAAAUUCCCAAAUAGUUCAAUUACUAUUAGAAGCUGGAGCUGAUCCCAAUGCAGAAUUGCUGAAUCAUGUACAUAAUUUAGGCUGGACUACUGCACUAAUAUCCGCUUGUCAUAAGGGUCAUUUACGAUCAGUUCAACUGCUGCUUCAAGCAAAUGCUGAUCCAAAUAUACAGCAUCCAGUAACCAAUUGCACUGCUCUGGGGACAGCAAUAUGUGCAGUUCAACCUGAAAUAAUACAAGCAUUACUUGAAGCUGGUGCUCAUACUACUGGCAAUGUAACUGAUGUGCACUUCAAUUCUUUUACUUUAACUCAAAUGUGUGCAAAUGUGCUACUACAUCAACAAACACCAAAAAUAGAAGACAGUAGCAUCCAAAAACUUUUAAAGGUAUUUAAGCUAAUAGUAGAAGCAACACCUAACCCUGAUUAUGAUCCAUUCAGUUUAAUAAUAGCAUCUAUUACCGGUUGUGUACAAAUAGUAGAAUUGCUUUUAAAAGCUGGUUAUGAUCCCAGGGUACCUCUCUCAUCAAGUAGGUUGUGGAGAGCAAUCUUUAAGUUUCACAAUGAAGAAAACAACUUACAAUAUCCAUCUUUGACUUUUGCAUGCAUUUAUGGUCACCAUGAAGUUGUAUUAUCAUUAAUUAAGGCCAUUGACAAUCCAAAUGUUGCCGAAAAUGAAAAUACUACACCUUUAAUGAUAGCAUGCCAAUAUGGACAAUUUGAGACUGUACAAGUGCUUUUACAAAAUGGAGCUGAUCCAAAUAUUUGUGACGAUGAAGGUUCAAACUCACUUCAUCAUGCCCUGUGGUUUGAUAUUGAUAAGACCAACAGAAUGAAAAUUGUAAAAAUUUUACUGACUUAUAAUACAAAUAUGCAUUUACAAGAAAAAAAUGGGAUCACACCUCUAAUGCUAGCAAGUAUCAAAGGCUCUGAUGAAGUUAUAUUGCUGCUGCUAAAAGAAAAUGCUGAUCCUAACAUUUUAGACAGGAAAGGAAUGACAGCACUGAUGCAUGCAUGUAGACAUGGAUACCCUAAAGCAGCUGAAAUUUUAUUAAAAACAGAUACUAUUGAUCCAUCACUGACUGAUAAUAGUGGGCUAUCAUCUCUCAUACAUGCUGCACUUCAAGGUCAUGAAGAUGUCAUUGAUAUAAUACUGAGCUAUUACAAUCCUGAUAAAAUGGAGAUUCUUAUAGGGUUCAUUGCUGCUUGUCAAAGAAACCAUGAUUCAUUGAUGAAAAAACUAGCUCAAAGAAUAAAUAUAAAAGUAACCAGGAAAGGAGCAAAUACAUCACGUACUUUGUACAAUGCUAUCAUUAAAGAUGCCACAUACAAAAGAACUUUUGCUACAUCAGUUCCACUACCUAGCAAAAAAGUACAAUCUCUUCAAGAGCUGUUUGGUAAACAACCAGAAAGCGAAUUUGAUAUGCCUCUUUUGGAUACUAGUACACAAGAACAUUGCUAUUCUUAUUUAUCUUUGCUUACAAUUUUUUAGUAGUUUUGCCUUAUUGUAUCACUAUAGUGCUAAAGUUCUAUACAUGUAUUUUCAUUGCUAUUCUUUGCUAAUUUAGUCGUGCAACUAGUUUUAUAACAAAUUGAUAGUUUAGAUUUAAGAUGAACAAUAAUUUUUCUAAAAUGA